UUUUAUUGGCGGGAAACAGGGAGACAAAUUAGGAACACCAAAAUUUUAUUGGCGGGAAACAGGGACAAUAGUGUGCUGGCAAAGAAGCGCAGUCAUAAUUUAAAGAUAUGACAUACCAGUGGAAUCCUUUACAGUAUCUUAAAUCAGAGUCGGAUGAUAAAUUAGCUCUGGUAAUGCUGAACCAGCCCCUUCCAACUGACAGGAAGAUGUUUACAGUAUUAUGGAAUAAAGCAUUGCUGAAGGUGGCAGUUGAUGGAGGGGCCAACCAUUUAUACAACACACAUGUACAUAACAGAGAGAAAUAUCUACCAGAUCUCAUCACAGGAGAUUUUGACUCAAUCCAACCUGAAGUCAAAAGUUACUAUGAAGAACAGAAUGUAGAAGUAGUAGCAACACCAGACCAGAACUUUACAGAUUUCACUAAAGCUUUAAAGGUAGCAUCUGAUAAGAUAAAGGAAAAAGAGAUAAAAGUUGUUAUUGUGUUGGGAUCAUUUGGUGGACGACUUGACCAUAUGUUUGCUAACAUAAACAGUGUAUAUGAAGCCAGUGAGAUAACUGAUGCUCAGAUUAUCCUGUUAUCAGUUGAUACUGUAGCAUUUCUAUUACAACCUGGACAUCACUCUAUCUCAGUGGACCCUCGUGCUUGUGGAGAAUGGUGUGGACUAAUUCCUGUAGGAGAGCCAUGUAAUUCUGUCACCACAACAGGUCUCAAGUGGAAUUUAGAUAAACAAAGAUUAAAAUUUGGAGACCUCAUCAGCACAUCAAAUACUUUGGAAAGUGAAAGUACUGAUGUUGUUAUCGUGGAAACUGAUGCUGCACUUUUAUGGACCAUGGGUAUCAUACCUGAGAAGGAAGAAGAUAUAGUUUACCAGAUGGCAGAAGGUGUGACAGAUGAAGACAUCCUCAAGCGUGCUUGGAUGACCGUGAACUCUGACAUAGACGAUUAUUAUCCCGAAGAUCAAGAAGACUUCAUUGAAACAUUCACUCUGCAUGGUGAUGUUGAACCUUUACAUCGAUACUGUGAUCCCCAAAGAGAGGCUCUUCUGACGGAAAUCUUCAAGUCUAACGACAACAAAGUCUAUGUCUGUUAUGAAGGUUGUAUGACCGACCUUGAACCAGAACAACUGAUAAAAGGAAGUCUAUUAGUGAAGUCACCGGAGUUGACAGAUCAGAUUUUAACUCCACUUAAAAUACUGGAAAAAAUGAAAAAGGGAUAUGAAAAUGGAAGUACAUAUGACAUGUUGAAACGAAGCGGAGAUCAUAUUUUUAUUGAGGAUAUUGAAAUUUUUAAUCUAUCAAAUGGUGAUAUUCUCAUAGACAUUACUUGUGGUUCUUAGGAAUUUAUCUGUAUGGUCUAACUACAUUGAAGUGCUUAAGUCUCCUAAACAAAGUUUCAAACAAGACAACUAAUUUCAUUGCAACUAGUUUGAAUUUUUCUAUUUAAAAGAUAGUUUAACAACAGAGAUUUUUAUGAACUUAGAUUUAUAUUCAUGCUAAUGAUGCUAUCUAAUGAUGCUUUGUAAGAAAUUGGCUUUACACUUUCUUUUGGUGAUAGAAGUUAAGUCAAAACAGAAUAGUCAAAAGGGACAAGUAUUUUUAUUUUUUUACAAAUACAAAAGAGUAAGAUAAUGCAUUUUAUUUAAAUUUUUACCUUUGUGAAACCACUGUGUUAAAUGCUUUUAAAGUUUUUUUAUGAAAGUUAUGUAUGAGUGUAUAAUGCAGUUAUUGAAAGAAAUGUGUACAAAUCAAGAGAUUUCUAAAUGUUGUUUGUAUGGAAGGAAUUUUUAAGAUCACACUAAAGAUUUGUUUAGUAAAGGAAAGGACUAAUCAAUUGUUUUAUAAAUUUUUGUUGGAAAAUAGUCAUUUUUGUAUUUUUUUUGUUAUUGUUUAUUUUUUUACAAUAUUUCUUUGAAGAAUUUACAAUAUUUGUUAUUUUUUUAAUUGUCAAAAGAUUUGACAAGUUUUUAGUGUGUUUUAUUGUUAGAUAUUUGUAUUAAGAAUUUUUUUAAUUAUUUUCAUUAAUUGUCAAAGAAAUGGCAAUAAUAUGAGCAUUUUGCAAGACUUCUUUACUUUUCACAUUACAGUUAUAUGGAAUAAGAUGUUAACACAUACUAUUGUUUAAUGCAUCUAUAAAAUAACUGGUCUUCUUUUGAAAAAGCGCAAAACCUUAUUUGAAUAUAUAGUGACAAGUCCUUAAAACUUUACAUUUCAAACAGAGUCAAGAAUGUUAUAUAAGUACAUUAAUCAGAAAUGUUUAAUACUAUCAACAGAUGCCGAUCAGGU